AUGCCCGGCGACAUAGAGUCCCGCGCGUCGUACUGGGCAAAGCGGCUCGAGUGCCCAGUCGAUGAGGACGCCAACUACCGCAACACGUUCUGGUGCAACCGCGACCUGAUCCCGAUCCCCGAGGACAGGAGGACUUGGACAUGGCAAGGUUUCGCAGGGUACUGGGUCAUCUGCGGCAUCAACACGACGGCAUGGACGGCCGGCUCGACAUUAUUGUCUCUGGGCUUGAGUGCGCCUCAGGCCAUAGGCUGCAUGGUCGGAGUCGCUUUGAUCUCUGCUCUUGUCGCCGUGCUCGCAGGAUGGCCCGGGAGUCAUCUUUACCUGGGAUUCACCGUGCUCUCGCGAGCUUCUUGGGGCAUGAGAGGUGGUUUCUGGCCAGUGCUUAACCGCAUUGUGACUGCAUGCGUCUGGAUGGGUAUACAGGCAUAUUGGGGCGGACAAGCGGUCAAGAUAAUCCUCAGGGCAAUCAUCGGACCCAAGUUCCGCGACCUAGCGAACACGCUCCCAGCGUCAGCCAACGUCGACACCGCCAGCCUGAUCUCCUUCUUCGUCUUCAUCGUCAUCUUCCUGCCCCUCCCCAUGAUCCCGCCCGAGAAGCUGCAGCUCCCCUUUCGGAUAGUCUUCGUCAUGAUCACGGCGACCAUGUUCGGAAUGGUAGGCUGGUCCGUCCACGCGGCCGGCGGGGCAGGCAUUCUCAUGUCCACGCCGGCGACGGGCUCCGGCUCCACUCUCAGUUGGGCCGCCGUGUUCGGCCUGCAGUCCAUCGUGGGCUCACAGGCCAGCGGUUGCCUGGGCCAGUCCGACUGGACGCGGUAUGCCAGGACGCCCAAUGCCGCACUAUUUGGACAGUUCAUCUGCGCGCCUAUAUUCAUCGUGCUGACGUCUGUGUGUGGCAUCAUUAUCACCAGCGCAGCGGCUUCCAUCUAUGGAGAGUACAUCUGGAACCCAUUCGAACUCCUGUUGACGGUGCAGUCUCACUCGAUGUCACCUGCAGCAAGGGCGGGCACUUUCUUUGCUGGCCUUGGCUUCUUGGUCGAUCAGCUUGCGCUGUGCCAGAUGCUGAACGGGAUCUCGACAGGAAUGGAUAUGGCGGCUCUCUGCCCGAAGUGGAUCAAUAUCCGACGAGGCUGCUACGUCCUGACGGUGAUCGCAAUAGCGAUUUGCCCUUGGAACUAUGUGACCAACCCAGGGACAUUUAUCACUGUGCUGAGCGGCUGGAGCAUAUUUCUCAGUCCAAUGACUGGCAUUGUCGUCUCCGACUACUUUCUUUCCGGUUUCGCACGCGCCAUACAAGGGCUUUCGUCUGGAAAUGGAUGGGACCGUUUAUACCAGAUCUCCUAUUUCUACGGGUUCUUUGUCGCCUUGGCCAUGCACUGGCUUCUGCACACGAUCUUCCCUACGGCGAGACAGCGUGGCACUUCACCAUUUGUGCUGGAAGCACAUGCGGAAAUGCUGAAUACAGCUGAGAGCGACGAUGUCACGGUCGACAGUUCGGAAGAGGAGAAGAGAGCGCCCGCCAAACGUGCAGAACUCAGUCUACAGUCGCAAAAUGUAUGA